GGAGGAGGAGGUGGUGGGGGAGGGGGAGGAGGUGGAAAGGCAGCUAGUGGUGGCUGGGAUGACGGUGACGAUUUCAGCCUUGAUUUUGGACCCAGUCGCUCAGCCAGGCCCACCUCAGGCAGAGGAAGGGGUGGGGGCAGCGGGGGUAGCAGCAGAGGUAGAGGAGGACGGGGAAGGAGCACUGGUGGAGGGAGGGGUAGAGGUGGCGGAGAUAGGGGUAGGGGAAAGGUUAAUGGUAGGGGUUUACCCAAGUCCCUAAUUAGCGAGAGACCUCGGCCUAGGCUGGUGGAUGAAGACAGGCCUCGCCUCAGGCCUGAGAUGAUGGGCAACAUGCCCAUGCAGAAGAUCUUCAUGACCAAUGAGAACCAGGAGCAGGUGAAAGAGCUGCUGAGAGAGCUGCAGACCCAGGACUACGACGACGAGCCAUAUGAUGAAGAAGAGGAGUAUGAGGAAGAGGAGGAGUAUGAUGAGCUGGAUUACCGGGAAGAAGGGCAGUUCUGGAACACCCAUGAUGAGCCUGUUGAGCGUGCAGAGAGCCCCGUCUAUGAUCCUGACUCUGAGGAUGAACGGCGGCCCACUCCCGAGCCAGUCAUAGGACUGUUUGCCAUAGGAAAGCUCUGCAGGUAUGGUUUCGACCGGGAGCGCAGCAAGCAGGCCCUGGAGGCAGGUGUUGGGGAGGUGGGAGCCACCAUGGAACAGCUGCUCCUCCAGGUUUUCUCCGAGCGCUACGGCCCCAAAGCUGUCUCCCCCGAUGGCCUCCAAGGGGCGCCCAUGGACGAGUGCCUCACCCAGAGACAGGAGGAGGCCUUGGCCCUCACCGCCAUCUACGGCGACCGCUUUACCGAGCGUAUCGCCAACAGCGUUUGGACUGUCACUUUGGACCCCGACUUCCUGGCCGACAUUGCCAGAGGAAAACAGAACGCAUCUGCUCGCACCGACGACGCCGUUCAAAUUAGGGACGUCUGCAGCUUCUACCUAAAGGGUGCCGGAUGCAGGUUUGGAGCUAAGUGCAAGUAUAAGCACCAGAUGCCCACCAAGGGGACAGCUUCGGGCCCUCAAGACCCCGUGGGAGCCAGCCAACCUGGGUUCAGCAGCUACUCCUCUCCAGAGUACGAGCUGGAGGUCCGCUUCCCUAAAGGGAACCGCUACCCCUUCCAGGCUCCUGUCGUGGCCUUCAGCACUAACGAUGAGACCAUAGGGGCCGCAGCCAGGCUGAGUGUCACAGAGCAUCUGUUCGGGGAGGCCUUGGCUGCAGCGAAGGAGGGGGAGCCCGUGGUCUACACCCUGAUCACUUGCUGCGAGGACGAGGCCACCAUGAAGGAGCUGCUGUCAGUCACCCAUCAUAAAUACAGCUCCCUGCCCCCUGUGGUAGUGGCUCCACCCCCUGCUGCUGUUGCCAUGACGAAGUGCAAGAGUGGGAGGAGCAACACGGCAUCACACGUGGAGAGCAAGCGUAGUACGAACACCAACAGAACUACCCCAACUAACAGCACCGCCAACAGCAGAACUACCCCAACUAACAGCACCGCCAACAGCAGAACUGCCCCAACUAACAACAGCACCGCCAACAGCAGAACUGCCCCAACUAACAACAGCACCGCCAACAGCAGAACUGCCCCAACUAACAACAGCACCGCCAACAGCAGAACUGCCCCAACUAACAACAGCACCGCCAACAGCAGAACUUCCCCAACUAACAGAACAAGCAGCCACAGGACACAGCAGGCCACAGAAGACUUGGAGGAGGAGGAGGAGGAGGAGGAUGAUGAGGAAGAAGUGGUGGUUCCUGAGACCGAGAGCUAUGUCAACCUGAGGAAGAAGAUGGUGAAGAGACAUGAAGAGAGGACAGGGAGCCAGCAAAAGGAGAAUGCCAAACUGUGUCGAGAGUUCAGGACAAAACAGUCAUCCAGGCGCUUCACCUCCAUGUUGCAGCAGAGACAGAAGCUGCCUGCUUGGAAUGAGAAGGAGAACAUCCUGGACCUGUUGGACAACUGCCAGGUGCUGGUGGUCAGUGGCAUGACUGGGUGUGGUAAGACCACCCAGAUCCCUCAGUUCAUUCUGGAUGCAUCUCUGAGUGGGCCUACUGACCAGGUGGCUAACAUCAUCUGCACCCAGCCCCGCCGUAUCUCUGCCAUCUCUGUGGCUGAGAGGGUGGCACAGGAGCGGGCAGAACGCCUCGGUAAUUCAGUGGGCUACCAGAUCCGCCUGGAGACCGUCAGGUCUGCGGCCACCAGGCUGCUGUACUGCACCACAGGAGUUCUACUGAGGAGGCUGGAGGGGGAGGCAGACCUCACAGGGAUCUCUCAUGUCAUAGUGGAUGAGGUGCAUGAGCGCACAGAGGAGAGUGACUUCCUCCUGUUGGUGUUGAAGGAUCUGAUGGUCCAGCGACCAGACCUGAAGAUCAUCCUGAUGAGUGCCACCCUCAACGCUGACCUCUUCUCCCAGUACUACAACAACUGUAACACCAUCCACAUACCAGGACGCACUUUCCCUGUCGACCAGUUUUUCCUGGAAGAUGCAAUUGCCAAAACCCGGUAUGUGAUUGAGGAUGGCAGUCCGUUCAUGCGCUCGGGCGGGGGGAAGGACAAGUCCUCAUCAGGCAGUAAGGGGGGCAGAGGGGGGGGCAAAGACCCCGUGGACCAGCUGGGAGACGACAUGUGGUCCUUCAUGAACCUCCAGAAAAAAGACUUCAUUAAAGACUCCAUCCCUGACCAGCAGCUCAGCCUGCAGGAACUCACUGUCCGAUACAAAGACACCAAGAAGUCUGUCUUGAAGACAAUAUCUGCCAUGGACCUGGAUAAGAUCAACAUGGAUCUGGUGGAGAGUGUACUGGAGUAUAUUGUGGACGGGGACCACAGCUACCCUCCAGGUGCUGUGUUGGUGUUCAUGCCAGGCCUGGCUGAGAUUAAGACUCUGUAUGAGCAGCUCCAGUCCAACAGGAUGUUCAACAAUCGGAACAGAGCCAGGUGUGUGGUGUACCCGCUCCACUCGUCCCUGUCUAACGAGGAGCAGCAGGCUGUGUUCAAGCGGCCACCAGAGGGCGUCACCAAGAUCAUCAUCUCCACCAACAUCGCUGAGACCUCCGUUACCAUCGACGACGUGGUCUACGUGGUGGACUCAGGCAAGAUGAAGGAGAAGAGUUACGACGCCUCUAAGAGCAUGGAGAGCCUGGAGGAGUCGUGGGUGUCCCGUGCCAACGCCCUGCAGAGGAGAGGGCGAGCGGGCCGCGUGGCCUCAGGGGUGUGCUUCCAUCUCUUCACCAGUCACUGCUUCCAACACCAGCUGGCAGAGCAGCAGCUGCCAGAGAUCCAGAGAGUCCCCUUGGAGCAGCUCUGCCUCAGGAUUAAGAUCCUGGAUGUGUUUGCAGAGCGGCCAUUGGAUUCCGUGUUCUCUCGGCUCAUCGAGCCCCCGGCCAUGGGCAGUCUGGAUGCGGCCAAGCAGCGUUUGCAGGACCUGGGGGCUCUGACGGCCGACGAGAAGCUCACCCCUCUGGGCUAUCACCUGGCCUGUCUGCCUGUGGACGUCCGCAUUGGCAAACUCAUGCUGUUUGGUGCCAUCUUUCGCUGCCUGGACCCUGCCCUCACCAUCGCUGCCAGCCUGGCCUUCAAAUCCCCUUUCGUGUCUCCUUGGGAUAAGAGGGAGGAGGCCAAUGAGAAGAAGCUGAAUUAUGCCCUGGCCAACAGUGACCAUCUGGCCUUGCUGCAGGCAUACAAGGGCUGGUGUGGUGCAGCCAAAAACGGGAAUCAGGCCGGGUUUCAGUACUGCAGAGAGAACUUCCUGUCUAGCCGGGGCUUACAGGAGAUAGCCAGUCUGAAGAGGCAGUUUACAGAGCUGCUGUCUGACAUUGGCUUCGUCAAGGAGGGACUGAAGGCCAGAGUCAUUGAGAGAAUGGCUGCCAAAGGGACUGAUGGUAUAAUGGAGGCUACGGGCCGUGAGGCCAACCUCAACUCUGACAACAUCAGGUUGAUGUCUGCCAUGCUCUGUGCUGCCCUGUAUCCCAAUGUAGUACAGGUGAGGUCUCCUCAUGAGAAGUUCAAGCAGACCAGUAAAGGAGCGGUGAAGAUGCAGCCCAAAGCAGACGAGCUGCGCUACAUGACCAAGAAUGACGGCUGUGUCCACGUACACCCCUCCUCCGUCAACUACACGGUGCGCCACUACGACAGCCCCUACCUGGUGUACCAUGAGAAGGUGAAGACGAGCCGUGUGUUCAUCAGAGACUGCAGCAUGGUGUCGGUGUACCCCUUGGUGCUGUUUGGGGGGGGACAGGUCAACGUGGAGCUGCAGAAGGGAGAGUUCGUCAUCUCCCUGGACGACGGCUGGAUCCGGUUCGCCGCAGCAUCGCACCAGGUGGCAGAGCUGGUGAAGGAGCUGCGCUGGGAGCUGGACCAGCUCCUUGAAGAUAAGAUCAGAAACCCCAGCAUGGACCUGUGUACUUGCCCGAGAGGCUCCCGUAUCAUCCACAUGAUCGUCAAGCUCAUCACCACCCAGUAAACCACCUCCAUUACACACCCAGCACUUGUCUUUAGAUGAAUACUUUGCUCCACCUCCCAGUCUUACAGUACAUUGGAUCAAGUCUUAUUGGUGGUAGCAUUGCAAUGAUACAACUGCUGCUGAACAAGCAUACAGAAAUCAAUGUUUUUGCUGUCAUAGGAAGUGCAAUAGCUUUGGCAGAGUUGAUUGUUAAGUUUGAACUGAAUUGCUAAAAAGGUUAUUUAACUGAAAUGGUAAUUUGCCAUUGUUUGUGUAUAUAUAUUUUGGCCACAUUUCCUGUAUAUAUGGGAAACUCAAGUUGCGUUUUAUUAUAGGUUGUGCCUUUCUUGCACACAACUAAAAAUAGCAUUUGAGUCCAUAUUGGAUUCCCGUACUGAAAAUGGUUGCACAUUUAUGCUUUUGUGUGUAUUUAGAUAUAACUAAUGCAUGAUUGACUGAAAUGUGAAUAGAGCUCUAAGAGCUUCUGCAUUAUUGUCUUUCUGUACAUUUAUAUAGAAUAAAAUUAACACGCUGAUGUAAAAAUCAUGCCAUCACUAUUAAAAGGGCUCAUUGAAAUGUAGACAAUUUGGUAAAAAGCUGCCAAAGAAUUUAUAAACAAUGUCUCAUCAGCUUCAGUGACUAACUUUAGUCUGAUGAAUAUUACAACUGAAAAUAAAACAAAAAAAUAA